AUGCCCGCAGCCCUGUCAGGCAACUCCUUUCUCAUCUCCAUCUUCAUCUCCAUCUUCAUCUCCAUCUCCAUCUCCACAGACACAUCGUCCACUUCACAUUUUCCCCAUACUUCGUGCCUCCCGAAAAGAAAGAUGCAGUUCUUCAACACCAUCGCCCUGGCCUCCGGCCUCAUCAGUGCCGUCAAUGCCAUCGCCGCCCCGGCUGCCAACCCGACCAAGUGCAAUGCCGACAACUGUCUGCGCCAGAUCAGGGCUUCGGCCUUCCCUACGCGCUCCGGCAUCGCGGACUGCCAGGCCUUCCAGACCGUCACCUCGACCGUCGUCACGACCACCACCGUAGCUGCCGCUGCCGCCGCCGCUAAGGUCAAGCGCGCCGUCGUCGACCCCAACAACAUGAUCACGCAGGUUGCCAAGCGCGCCGCUCCCACAAUCCCCGCGUACGCCUCCGGCUGCUCCAACUCGGCCCAGUACGCCUCGGCCUGCUCCUGCGCCGGCGUCACCGCUUCGACCAAGACGGUCACCUCGAUCGUUACCUCGACCUCCAACCCCGCCCCCGCCUGCCCCACCGGCACCUACGCCAUCCAGCAGCAGGGCAGCGCCGACGGCAACACGAACUACGGUGUCCUCGAGCAAGACUUUGUCACCAGCGACACCUCCUUCCUGAUCGACCUUACCAAGACCGUCGACCUCGCCGGCGCCUCCAAGUUUAACUUCGUCGCCGACUCGGCCAACCCCACCCUGUGCCGCCUUCGAUCAGUCACCACCACUUCUGCCAUCAGUCUCGUCGUUGACUUGAGCGGCGCAUUUGUCAACAGCCACUACCUCCGUGUCUCCGACCCGGCCGCAAUCAGUGCUGCUGGCUACAAGAUGAGCCCCGUCUACUGCGUCAAGGGCGCGGCCAACAAGCUCCAGUGCACCGCCGUCGACUCUGCGGCGGGCGGCGCCGCGUCCCAAACCACCCUCUUCAAUGACGACGGCAAUCUCCGCAUCGGUACCGCUGAUCACGCGAGCUCGCAGUAUUACGUCCUCGUCGCUGCUUAA